AUGGGAAAUGGAAAAUGGAAAAUGGUCAACGGGGAAUGGUCAACGGGAAUGGUCAACGGUCAAUGGUCAAUGGUCAAUGGUACAAGGAGAUCUCCCGGGAGAUAUAUUAAAGUAUCAUUUGGAUGGAGGAUCCAUCGAUCUUGUGAUGGGAAGAAAAAGGAGGGGGAGCAUGGGGAGAAUGGAGAAAAAGGGGAAAUAUGGAGAAAGGAUAUGGAGAAAGGGAGAGAGGGAGGCAAAAGGAAGAGAAGACAGGAAAAGGGAGAGAGGGAGGCAAAAAGGAAGAGAAGCCAGGAAAAGGGAGAGAGGGAGGCAAAAAGGAAGAGAAGACAGGAAAAGGGAGAGAGGGAGGCAAAAGGAAGAGAAGACAGGAAAAGGAAGAGAGACAAGAAAAAGAAAAAGAAUCAAUAA